AUGACCUAUCACAAUGGAAGCACUUUUCACCCAAUCACAUUUUUCCUCAUUGGAAUCCCAGGUCUGGAAGAGGUCCAUGGCUGGAUCUCCCUGCCUUUCUGCUUUAUUUAUAUAGUGGCUUUACUGGACAAUGUCACAAUUCUGCUGGUCAUCAAGAUGGACCAAACCCUCAGGGAGCCCAUGUUCUACUUCCUGGCCAUCCUUUCAACAAUUGAUUUGGCCCUUUCAACAACCUCAGUACCCCGUAUGCUGGGUAUCUUCUGGUUUAAUGCUCAGGAGAUCAGCUUUGGAGCUUGUGUGGCCCAGAUGUUCCUGAUCCAUGCUUUCACUGGCAUAGAGGCUGGGGUCCUGGUGGCAAUGGCAUUUGACCAUUAUGUGGCGAUCUGUGCUCCACUCCACUACGCAGCCAUCCUGACAUCCCGGGUACUCAUGAGCAUCACUUUGUACAUUGUAAUUUUAACAGUCUUGCUUAUACUUCCCAUGAUAUAUCUCAUCUACCGCCUACCUUUUUGCCAGACUCAUGUAAUAAUACCUCAUUCCUACUGUGAGCACAUGGGAAUUGCAAAACUGUCCUGUGGAAACAUCCGUGUCAAUGGUAUUUAUGGGCUCUUUGUGGUCUCUGUUUUUCUCCUGAACCCAGUCCCUAUUGGCAUCUCCUAUGUGUAUAUACUCCGGGCUGUUUUCCGUCUGCCAUUCCAGGAUGCACGGCUAAAAGCCCCAAGCACAUGUGGCUCCCAUAUUGCUGUCCCCUGUGUUUUCUAUAUCCCCUCACUCUUCUCUUUCCUCAGCCACCGAUUUGGACACAACAUACCCCACACUAUUCACAUUCUUGUUGCCAACCUCUAUUUGGUUAUCCCACCAUCGCUCAACCCCAUCAUUUAUGGUGUGAGGACCAAACAAAUAUGGGAGCGAGUGCUCCAUGCGUUAUUAAAAAAUAAAACACCUACCAUAUUGUUUUACUAA